AUGGACAAACCCGUUACGAAACCGCAAGAGCCAGCUAUGACGACCGACCGACCAAAACCAUCCGCAAAACCACAACCCCCGGAACCGCGAAACCACCGCCAUUUCGACACCUGGCAGUCAGCCUCAACAGGACACCAGCGCGCAGCUGAAGGCGGCGGUUUCCUUGGCUCAACGUCAUGGCGAGAUGCGCGCUCGGCGAAAUUGACCAGACAGUAUCAGAGUGGGGAUUGUCUUCCGGGGCGGGGAAGGGAAUCCGGACAGGGAGUGUGGAACACAGGCACACAAGAGUCGACGCUUGUACCUGGCGCGUUCGAUGGGAAAUGCGCGCAGCCUCCGCCAGCGCCUAAAGCUUCUGGUGAAUGGGCUAUGGUAGCUGUGGAUGUGGCUAAGCGGAAUGAACUCGGCGUUCGGGAUAUCCGGUCGUUUAUGGGUGUCAGCAAGAGGAAGGCUGUGGAUGAGCUCGAAAAGGAUAUAAUGGAGAUGAAGAAGAUUAAAAUUAGAACUGUUGUUGGAGGGAACCGGAGCCUGUGUCCGAGUCGAAAUACAAAGAAAAAAGACACGGAAAAGGAAAAGUCUCAGAUAGAAGACAUCACCCAACCCGAGGCCCGCUCUGGCGCAAACCUCGAUCUGAAAUCCACUUCGCAUAUCUUCGCUGGUGUUACGAUAUUCAUCAAUGGCUCCACGCUCCCUCAGAUCUCGGAGUAUAAGCUGAAACAUCUACUCGCGUCGAACGGGGCGAAGACUUCUAUCUAUAUGGCCCGGAAGACGGUGACGCAUGUUCUUGUCGGACAGCCCAAUACCGGGGCUGGGGGUGGAGCAGCUGUGUCUGGUGCAGGGGGAGGUCUUGCUGCAGGGAAACUCCAGCAGGAAAUUGCCCGUGGAGGGUGGAAAGGCGUGAAGGUUGUUAGUGUGGACUGGGCCCUCGAGAGUAUCAAAGCUGGGCGUCGUCUUGCGGAGUCCAGGUUCCCUGGGAUGCAUGUUGCGUCUAAGGGGCAGCGGGGUGUUGCUGGGAUGUUUGCCGUGCAGGGGGUGAAGAAGUGA